GCCCUUUUCAAAGAUGGCUGGUGGGUUGCGUGCGCGUGUGCGUUGAGACGGCUCGACAUAGCUGUAGCAGCGCCUGAGGAGAGCUGCGGCUGAAACGCGGCCUGCUUGUGUGGGAUACCGAAGGCGGCUUGGUUCAAUCAAGAUGUCAGAAGGGACUUCGGGGAAUGAUACUGGGAAUCCUGGUGGCGGCAAUCGGCCCACGCUUACUGCUGCACGGGGACUGAUAGGGAGGAGAACUACUGCCCCAAUUACCCCAGGCCGCCUGCCUUCCAUCCGCUCCAGAGACCUGACCCUUGGUGGAGUAAAAAAGAAAACCUUUGUCCCUAACAUAAUUAGCAGGAAGAUCAAAGAAGAGCCAAAAGAGGAUGUUAACAUCAAGAAAGAGAAAAAGGAGCGUGAUCGAGACCGGCAGAGAGAUGCUCAUGGACGAAGUAGAGGGAGGCCAGAGGUCAUCCAGUCUCACUCCAUCUUUGAGCAAGGUCCAGCAGAAAUGAUGAAGAAAAAAGGCAGCUGGGAUAAGGCUGUGGAUGUGUCUGACUUCGGCCCAUCCCACAUCAUCAACAUAAAGAAAGAGAAAAGAGAGACGGACGAGGAAACCAAGCAGAUCUUGCGCAUGCUUGAGAAGGACGAUUUCCUUGAUGAUCCAGGCUUGAAGAAUGACAUCCGGAACAAGCCAGUUCAGCUCCCUCUCACCCAUUCAGGCUGGCUUUUCAAGGAGGAGGGCGAUGAUCAAGAGGAUGUCAAGCCUUUGAGCUCCAGCACCGAGGAGGAGGAGAUGGAAGUAGAUGUAUCUUCAGUGAAAGUGAAAGAGGAGCCCCACGAUGAAGAAGCCCCACCUGUCCUCAAACCAACUCCUGCAAAAGCACCCCCUCCCUUCCCGCAGGAUGUGUCCGUGGCAGAGCUGCUGCAAAGACUGAGCCUCUGCAAGGAGGAUGAGUUGCUCUUUCUGCAGCUGCCAGAUACGCUGCCAGGACAGCCGCCAACACAGGACACGAAGCCCAUCAAAACUGAGGUGCAAACUGAAGAUGGACAGAUGGUGGUGAUCAAGCAAGAGAAGAACCAGGAAGCCAAAGAAGCGGAGAACAUCUGCACCCUCGGGGACCUGUCUGAAGGGCAGGUGGGGAAGCUGCUGAUCCGCAAAUCAGGGAAGGUGCAGCUGGUUCUGGGCAGGGUGACUCUUGAUGUGACCACAGGGACUCCCUGCUCUUUCCUUCAGGAACUGGUGUCAGUGGGCAUUGGAGACAAUAGGAGUGGUGAGAUGAUCGUCCUGGGCCACGUGAAGCACAAGCUGGUCUGUGCCCCCGAUUUUGAAUCCCUGCUGGAACAGAAACAUCGAUAGAGAGAAUGGGCUAUGUCAAAGCCCUAUGGACAAGACUGCUGGUCCUUCUUCGGGGUUCCUUUAUAAGCAGCAGCAGCAGCAGCGACUUGGGUUGCCCAGAAGUGCCCUGUUCUUAAGCCGAUGAAUGCAGAGGUAUUCCAGAGAAGACCCCUAGCCAAGACCAGCCACAUUGCAGUGGAAUGAAACUGUGUGACAUCCUGCUGCAUUUGGGCCUCUAGAGCUCUAAAACCUUCUGUGGAAGAUGCUCUAAGAGCAGUAGAAGUCAAGGGGUUGACGGAUCCUUCCUCACAGGUCUAAUUUAGAUGCAAUUUUAUUUAUAGGGGGCAAGACUCAUACUUGAACAUUUGUGCUUGCUAUGGAGACUUUAAUUUUGUGUGUCAAUCCCAGACAUGAGAGCCCUAAGCAAAAACUGGGGAAGGGUGGAGAGGUUGGCUGUGAGCAGAGGUUGGCUGUUCAGGAGCCAUUUCCUGCAGAUGAAGAGGAAUUAUGCCCUCAUCCCAAACCUUGUGACUUGCUGUGCCCAUAAUGGCAGUUCAGGUGUUCCAAAAACAAUGGCAGGUUUCUUUGGAGAAAUUGUAAAACAACAUGCAGGCACAUAGGCAGGAGAAGAACACUGUCACUCUUCUAGUCUUGUUUUUGUUCCCUGUACAAUUCCCUGAAAUUCUUAUGCCUGAAAUUUCCAAACGCUGCAGUGCCUGCUGUCCCUGAUGAAGUGAUGGUGGGAAGGAUGAUGAAGAUGCUGAUCGUGGGAUAGGUUUAUUUUUCCCUGCACUUGAAUGAGGGAUCUUUUUUUGUCCCAGCAGCUGUGAAUCAUGCAUAUAAAACAGAUUCUGGCUAUUCAUCAUUGAUGAGGGAGAGCAGUACGGGAGAUUGUGCCAAAAUAAAAUGAAUCAGUACCACUAAUUGUAUUCCUGAGAUGAAAGUUUGCCUAUUAACAGUCUGACUUAGGCUUAGGACCAUCCUGCUUUCACCUUCUAGCGUACUUUUUGUCUGCAGGUAUGAUGACGAUGACAGAGUUGUAGAGCAUUUGCUGUUUAUCAUGCCGGGGAAACGCAGGACAAUGAGACUUUAGGGCAGCGAUGAGGAACCUGUGGCCCCCCAGAUACUGUUGGACCCCAACUCUCAUUAGUUCCAGCAAACACAGCCAAUGGCCAAGGAUGAUGGGAAUUAUAGUCUACCACCAUCUGGAGGGCCACAGGUUCUCCAUCCCUGCUUUAAUGUUUUUUUAGAGAACAGGAGUGAAGUCUGCAGUCUUCUGUUAAAGUUUUAUUUUAAAAAUCAAGAUGGGGAAGUUUAAAAAAAAUCUGCUGUAAAAGCUAAACAUUAAUGCUACUGGAACCAGCUCCAUGUUCAGGCACUACUCUUAAAUGUCUUAUGUGAUCCCUGUUAAGGAACUCUGAUUGCUGUGGUGCAGUGGCAAAGUUGUCAGACUGGACCUGGUGGCUGUGUAUCCAUAAAUAAAAAUGGCUUUUUGGCUCUGCAUACAA